AUGUGUAUUUUUUUGCCUCUUAUUCAAAUGUUGUGUCGUAAACGUACCUUAUCGAAAAAUCUCACCCAGUUUUCUAAAGAAAUCAUUGCAAACUCUCCAGGUACUGACGUCGAAAACUGGGAACCUAUUGCAGCAAAUCUUAACUCAUAUAUGUAUGAAAACAAAUUCUGGAAAACCAAGUACUUUUUUUAUGAUGCUUGGAACUGCCAAGAAGCAUUCAGAUUGAACAUUUUAGAGCCAUUUUCUGUGAAGAAAGAUGACGAUUCAAAGCUCAAGUCAUUUAAAGAUUCAGUUCCUUACAUCGAAGAAGCUUUGGAAGUUUAUUUUACAGAAGUGGACAAACAGUGGAAGUUAUUUGACACUGAGAAGGCGUGGAACCCUGUUAACUUGGAUGACAUUCAGCUUCCUAAGGAAACCUAUCGGUUUAAGCUUACUUGGGUUCUCAAGAGGAUUUUCACUCUUCAAUGUUUACCAUUAUUCCUUCAAUGUUUGUACAGUAUCUACAUUUCAUGGCAUUACGGCCUUCUAUUUCGCAUCUCAUUCCUCGGAUGCAUUUUUCUCAUGAAUAUGGCUACUUUUCAAAAUUUGCGAGGUACCUCGAUGAAAAUCGAACAUAAAAUGCAAUUUUUGUCAUCUAUCGUAAAUGAGACAGAAAUCGGUGCUAAUGGGUGGGAUCACAUCGCAAAGAGAAUGAACAGAUAUUUGUACGAGCAGAAUGUUCGGAAGAAUGAAGAUUUUUUCUUUGAUGGGAUUGACUGUAAAUGGUUUUUUAACUACAGCCUCUGCAGCCAUUUAUCUUCCAAAAAAACACUUUCGCACGUACCAUUGGAUAUUGAGCUAUGGCCAUACAUUCGGGAAGCACAAUCAUCCUGUACCGAUGAGUCUUCGGCGUAG